UGUUUAUUUUUUCUUCACUCCUCUUCUCUCAUCUCCGCCCUCUCUCUCCCCCAUCGUCGAUAGUACUACCAAAAGUAGAAAUUCCCAGUGUCGCAGGCAUUUUGGGAUUCCGCGGAGGCCUUAUCUCCGUCGGAUUGGAGUGCAUUUGCCGUUGUAGUUGUUCGUGGCAGCGCGGUAUUCGAUACGUAGCCGUUUCAGCUCGUCCGGAGCUGUAUCUUGACGCUGGGAAAUCGGUUGCCUUUCCCGGUGAAGUUUCCUUGAAGGUUUAGCGCGAUCUACAUUUGUUUUAUUCCUAUUCGAGUUGUUUCUCUGGGAAUUUCUUCUCCUUCUUGGCAUUGCAAGGUCGGAUUUUUUCUGGCAUGUACAUUGCGGUCUCCUGUACGCAAGGGUCCUUCCAAAAAUGGGACUUUUGAGGCGUGUCUAACAUUUUGAGUCGAAGAGUCUCAGGGAGCAGUGACAUUGUUGAAAUUUGAGACAACCUCCUCUGUGCCAUGGUCUUCAGUAUGCUUCAGGUACUCUAGCCGCUUUCGAUCUCAGAUUCUGUUGUUUUGAAUGCGAUUAGAAAGUUGGGAUCUUUCUUGAGGAGGAUCAUAUUUCCGAAUUCUGGGUUUCCUUAGAUCCUUGUAAUCUUGAUUGUGAUAUUGAACCACUAAAAUCCAUGGAGUCCCUUGGCCGUUGCAUUACUCUCCUUGUGCUUCUCGGGGUGUUGUUAUUCACAGGCCACUGUGAGGCCCAGUCACCAGGUUCAGCUACAGGUGAUGCAAGAUCGUUAGAUACUCUCCUUCAGGACUAUGCUUACCGUGCACUUGUUCAUCCCCGCACUGGAUUUGUAUAUGAUGGCACUGUCCCUUCCAAUCUCACCGGCAUUAGGAUUGCAGCAAUAAGGCUUAGAAGUGGGAGCCUGAGAAAGAGAGGAGUUGAUAGCUACAAGGAAUUUGACAUCCCAUCUGACAUUGUUGUUCAGCCUUAUGUAAAAAGGUUGGUUCUGGUUUACCAGAAUCUGGGCAACUGGUCUUCAUUCUACUACCCUCUUCCUGGUUAUACCUACUUGACUCCUGUGCUUGGUCUCCUUGCCUAUGAUGCCACAAAUCUCUCUGCUACCAACUUGCCUAAAUUAGAUUUUGCAGCUACAAACUUACCCGUAUCUAUUAAUUUCUCAAAUGUUGUUGUUCCUGUGCCUAGUGGUGUAAUUGCCAGAUGUGUGUGGUUUGGUCUAAAUGGCUCACCAGAUUUCAGAGAUUCGGAGUCAGGAAGUAUAUGCACCGUGUUCCGCCAAGGUCACUUCUCCAUUGUGGUCAAUUCUAGUGAGAUUGUUCUUCCUCCUGCACCAAGUGAAGGUCCAGGGCUGUCUCUAAAUCCUGUUGUUUCUAGGAGUAACAAGUCCAAGCUAUGGAAGAUAAUUGUCUCUGUGAUUGGAGGGAUUGCAUUGGUUCUCUUGGCUUUACUUACAUUUUUUGUGCUCAAGUAUACUCGAAACAAAAAGGUGGCAAAGAUGGAGCAGCAUGCAGAUGCAGGAGUAUCCUUGCAUACUGCAAGUGUUGGAAAUGCUCGGGUCCCUGUGGCUUCUGGUCUAAGGACACAACCGAUCCUUGAGAAUGAACUUGUCGCUUAACUUCAAAGAUCGAGAGCAAAAUACAAGAAGAUUGUCGUUCGGGUGUUUUUGUAUGAACAAGACCAGCAGAAAACCAUUGCAAAUGUUACAUGAUAUGGUUUAGGUUUUGCAUUCAGCACCUACAAUAUAGACAUUGUUUUUCCAUAUUUUAUUUUUUUACGCCCAGAUUUUUCACAGUUCUAUAGUCUGCCCGAAGAAUUGGCCUUGUUAGUAACUGUAACUGUUUCAAAAUUUCAUUUGUUGGUUAUGUUCUGAGGGAUGUUGCUAAUAAAAGUUAUAAAGCUGAGAUUAUUCAUCCA